AUGUCGAUUCCUCGACUGGAACUCACUGCUGCUACACUACUAGUAAAACUUGUAAAGUAUGUUCGGAAAAUGCUCAACUUAGAAUCUACCCAAGCAUGGUUAUGGACGGACUCUAUGGUUUCCCUAACCUGGAUCACAAAUCAACCUUCAAAAUGGAAAGACUUUGUGCGUAACAGAGUAAGUGUUAUACAAGAGACAGAACCGCUCGCUAAGUGGAGGUAUGUAGCAGGAAAUGAAAAUCCAGCCGACUGUGCUUCACGAGGUGUUACUGCUAAAAUCCUUAGCAACCAUAAGCUUUGGUGGACGAGUCCUCCGUGGCUGAAUAAAGAUGUUUAUGAAUGGCCAUCCACGACGUUUGAUCCAGCUCAAGCAGCGAAAUCUGAACUGCGAAUCCCUCAAUCAACUUGCCACAUUUUAAACUUUGAACCAGAACCAGAAAUGCUAGAGCGCUUCUCAACACUGUCAAAACUAUUACGUGUUACUGCCUGGUGUCAAAAGUUCAUUGCCAAAACAAAAAAAUCCAUCCCUACUAAUUGUCAAUCUUUUUUAACUCCUCAAGAUCUCAACUCAUCCCUUUUGUUGUGGGUAAAACUCAUUCAAAAACAUGCCUUCAAAAAUGAGCUUGCGCGGUUACAAAACAACAGACCUUUAGAAAAAUCUAAUCUUAUAAGUCUUAACCCCUUUGUCGAUAACACUGGUUUAAUGAGAGUUGGAGGCAGACUUGAACAAUCUUCAUUAGAAUAUGAUUCAAAGCAUCCUUAUAUCCUUCCGAAGAAUUCUAAGUUCUCAAAACUAGUGAUAGAUGAUGCUCAUCUCAGGACUCUGCAUAGUGGCACCCGUUGUACACUUGCAACCGUUCGUCAGAAGUUCUGGGUUGUUGGAGGUAGACCUAUCGUCAAACGAGAACUGUUAAAGUGUGUUACUUGUGCUCGUUAUCGCUCUCAAAGAGCUCAACAAUUAAUGGGGCAGCUUCCUCCUACAAGAACAUCACCAUCACGUCCCUUUUUGCACUCUGGUGUAGAUUACGCAGGCCCUUUUGUAAUCAAAACAUGGCAUGGAAAGAGAGCAAAAACCUACAAAGGUUAUAUUGCGGUGUUCAUCUGCUCGGCGACCUCAGCUAUUCAUCUAGAGUUGGUUUCCAACUACUCAGCAGAAGCCUUCAUAGCGGCUUACAAACGAUUCACCAGCCGUCGAGGCAUCUGUGCUACUUUAACGAGUGACUGCGGGACAACAUUUGUAGGAGCUGACAAAGAACUGAAAAGGUUGUUUUCAUCGUCUUCAGCAGAAUCAGGUCAACUCAAAUCCCUGCUUGCUAAUGAUGGAACUGAAUGGAAAUUCAACCCUCCUGCUGCUCCACAUUUUGGAGGUCAUUGGGAAGCUGGUGUUAAAUCAGUUAAAUACCAUCUCAAAAGAGUUAUGAAGACCCACCUACUAACUUACGAAGAAUUUUCGACAGUGCUGGUACAAAUAGAAGCUGUACUCAAUUCUCGCCCUCUCUGCCAGCUUACAGAAGAUCCAGACGAUCUAGCAAUCCUAACCCCUGCGCACUUUUUAGUUGGCGAAUCUUUAACUACUAUCCCAGAACCUAAUCAAGAAAACCAACCCACAUCAAGACUUACUCGAUGGAAAUUAACUCGCCAAAUGUUGGAAUCAUUUUGGAAGAAGUGGUCUCGGGAGUACCUUCAACAACUUCAAGCAAUAUACAAAUGGAGAUUUCCUUCCUGUUCAAUAAAACUCGGAUCAGUUGUUCUUGUUGUUGAUGAGCAAUUACCACCAUCAAAGUGGCCGCUAGCAAGAGUGACUGAACUUCAUCCAGGUCGUGAUGGACUUACCCGAGUAGCCACUCUGAGAACAUCAAGUACCUCAUUGAAAAGACCAAUAGUCAAGCUUUGUCCUCUUCCAAUUGAAGUCAGUGAUUAA